AUGAGUAAACGAAGAGAUGCCUCGCCCAACCCAAGGGAUGGGUUAAUGGAGAGAUGCUUCGCCCAAGCCGAGGGGUACGUCAACGAAGAGAUGCCUCGCCCAAACCGAGGCGUGGGUCAACAAAGAGAUGCUUCCCCAAACCGAGGAAUGGGUCAACGAAGAGAUGCCUCGCCGAAGCCGAUGAAUGGGUCAACGAAGAGAUGCCUCGCCCAACCCGAUGAAUGGGUCAACGAAGACAUGCCUCGCCCAACCCGAGGGAUGGGUCAACGGAGAGAUGUCUCGAUUGAAAAUGGCGACCUUGCUCCUCCGUACGGUUAUAACACAAGCCUGGCAAACUCGAGCGUCCUCUACGUUUGUAACGAGGGGUACACGAUGUUUGGAGAUGCUAAGGUGAUAUGCGCGCUGGUUCCUGACAGUUAUCCGCCUGUGUAUGAAUGGACCAAGACACCAGAAUGCCGUAAUAUUGUCCAUUGUGGUGAUGCUCCCGAAGUAGCAAAUGGGCGUCACAAAGCCGAAUAUAGCCGGGAAGUCGGUUCAACUGUAGCCUAUGUUUGCUACGCCGGGCACGUCCUGGAGGGCAAGGAGACGAUCACAUGUGUUGCCGACGAGGACGGGACUUCGGCUUCCUGGACCACCCCACCGCAGUGUGUCGUCGACUGUUUCCAACCGCCUUCAAUCCAAAAUGGAACCAUGGUUGCCAUGUCGGGGACAAGAGAGGGGGAAACAGCCUCGUAUGAAUGUGACACUGGUUUCAAACUGUUUGGUUCGGAGAAUAUCACUUGCUUGAACACUUCAAAAUGGAGCGAUGCGCCUCAUUGCACUAUUGACUGUGGAGAACCAAAGGAAAUAAAAUACGGAUCAGUGGUGAAGUUUACCGGGACCACGGUGGGAAAUAUUGCCACGUACGAGUGCUCCAACAGAACGGUAAUGGUUGGACAGAAUUAUUCGACCUGCCAAGUUUCAGCAGAGUGGAGCGUUACUCCUACAUGCAUACCUGUGUGUGGAUCGGUGCCAGAGAUAGAAAAUGGCAACCACAGAAAGGUGUACACAAAGGGCGUUAACUCUACGGUUCCGUACACAUGCAACGCUGGGUAUACAUUGAACGGUUCUGAGGUGAUCACGUGCGCAUUCAGCAAUGGCGAUGAGUUCCCCGAUUGGUCAACUCCACCAACAUGCAAAAAAACUUGUGAAGAUAUUCCAACCAUUUCAAACGGGUCUUACGUAAAGAAAGGCAAUACGUCUCCUGGUUCGAUUGUAACGUACAUCUGUGAUGAAGGAUUUGAGUUCGAAAACUGGACAACCAUCGAGUGCGACGGAGAUGGAAAAUGGAGCGAAAUCCCAGUCUGCAAGAAAAUUGUGCAAUGCCAGAACAUACCAACUAUUGACAACGGUUUGGCCGUUGUUCCCACCACAACAACUGUAGCAACAACGGAAAGUCCAACAGUGACAACGACAGAAGAACCAACGACAACAACAGAAGGAUUCACAACAACCACCGAUGUAAAUACUUUUACAACAACUACGGAUAUUCCUGAAGUAUUGAACGGUACCGACGGUGAAAAUAUUACAGAUACGACAGACAAUACCGGCAAAAAUAAUACCACUGAUGAAUCUGCUGAGGAGGAUAAUAUGGCACAAGGGGCAAACGAAACUGCAAUUGAUGGCAAUCAGCAAACUGAUAAUUCCACUGACGGAGGUAUUAGUACCGAUAACAACUCUUCUGCCAAUUCCACUUCAUUAUCUACAACUGACGGAAACAGUUCCUUAGAUAAUGUCACAGACAAUGCAAACGAGACCGAAACAACCACGCCUGAAGUAUUAACUACAGCGGCAGUGACAACUACAGCAGCCUCUACAGACGGAAACAAUUCAAUGGAUAAUGUAACCGACAAUGCAAACGUGACGGAAGCAACAACCCCUGCAGUAACAACAAUGAAACCGACGACAGUGGCAGCUGUAACAGCUCCGCCUCUACCUGAAACGUCUUUGCCCGGAACAGUCAUAACCUUCCAGUGUAAUGCGGGCUACAUCUUGAAGGAUAAUGACUCAAUCGUAUGUGAGAGCGAUGGCCAAUGGUCCAGACCUUUGCCUGAGUGUAUAAGAGUGUGCCCUCCGCCUGUACCAGUUGCAAAUGCAAUGGUAGACUCUAAAGGCUUAGUUGCUGGCUCAAAUGCCACUUACACGUGCUUGCCUGGGUUUGCUAUGGUUGGCGGUGAACAAAUCACAUGCCAGUUUGACGGGAUUUGGACUCAGGAACCCCGAUGUGAUCCAAUCUGUCAGAAUCCACCAAGUAUCGCCAAUGGCACGAUUACCUCACUGACCGGAUUGUUUGUUGGUGAUACUGCUACAUAUGUUUGCAACAAUAACUUCUCAAUGAUUGGACUGGAAAACUCUACCUGUCUACCAUCACUAGAGUGGAGUUCAAGUCCGUUUUGUGAGAAAGACUGUGGCGAUUUCCCCGUAAUUCCAAACAGCAACCGUGAACUUGUUCACCUUUGCAACGACAGCUCUUGCGUUUGUACACCUGAUUAUUGCGAUUGCAAUGGAACCAAACUGUACAACCAGAGCGAAAGACUCUGCAACACAACAGAUGAAGCGGCUGUAAGAUACGUCUGCAAGGAAAGGUUUGAGAUGCACGGGAACCCCAUCGUGAGUUGUGAUAAUGCUGGAAGCUUUUUCGAGUGGAGUGCCUUGCCAUAUUGCACAUGCAUAAGGAAAUCUAUCGAUCUCCUGUUUGUUAUCGAUUCUUCCGGGAGUGUUGGAAUUGAGGGGUUCAAUAAUACCAAAGAAUUUUUGAUUAAUCUUAUUCGUGAGUUCCCCGCGGACAGGACUCGCGUUGGCCUCAUGUUCUUUGCCGAUACUGCAAACAUUGUGUUUAACCUCAACGAAUAUGUCACUAACUCACAAGGAAUGAUCGACGCUAUAAAAAAUGUAACUUACGAGGGUGGAGCCACAAAGACCUACGAUGGUCUUCAACUGGCUCGAGAAACCAUGUUCACAGCCGCUAACGGCAUGAGGGACAACGCCUCCCGUAUCCUAAUCCUUUUGUCUGAUGGUCAAAGCGAUGAUGUCAACAGGACAAUCGCGCAAGCUGAGAUGUUGAAGAACACUAGUGUUACCAUUUACACUGUCGGCGUUGGGGAUUAUGCAAAUGAACUGGAGUUGGGACCAGUGGCAUCACCAAGGGCAGGAUCGUUUAACGAAACAUACUACUUCCCUGUGGACAACUACGCCAACAUUGACCAGGUCUCAGGGCCUCUAGCAGAUGCAACGUGUUCUGCUGGAGCGGAAGAUAAUGCAGAGGACUACGACUAUGACUACGACUAUGAAUGAAACUUUCUAGAAUCUAGAUUUAUUUUUUGAUUUUAUUUAUAAG